UCAGGGGCGUAACAUUUUGGAGGCACCGCUGGGAUGAGUGCGACGGAGAUCGGCCAUCUAAGGAGAAUUGUUGAACUCAGCCGUCAUUCAGCCCCUCAACUUACCUAGGACCGUGUGUGCAAGCAGUAAGAGAACGAACAGUGGAGUUCUGAGUCAGAGACAGGACGCUGGUCAUCUGAGUUAACUGGAGGCUACAACAGAUAGCUAUGGCUGCUCCAAAUUCCAAUCAGAGGCGAGCCUGCUGGGAAGCAAGAAAUAGAUUUUGGUGUUGUCUGGAUCACAGUGGAGACAACGUGGUCAUCUGCAAGAAAUUUCAAGAAGAAUUUGAGUCCAAAUGUCCUCCUCAAUGGGUGAAGUACUUCAGCAAGCGAAGAGACUUCUUAAAAUUUAAGGAGAAGAUUGAAAAUGAAGGAUUUGAAUCAGCUGAGGGGGCAUCGAAAUUUUGAAUGUAUAUUGAGGACAACCAAGUACCUUUAAAGUAUCUGUAGUAUAACAUACAGUUUAAGACCACUUGUGAAAAAGCUUUUAUUUCACAUUUUUUUUACACAAUGUUUUUUCAUCACAAAUCACCAAAAUUUUAGUAAAAAUAUCUACCCAUUAGAAGCUUGUUUUAGUUACCUAAUUAGCAUUGUUUAAAUAUUUUAUGUGGCUGUACCAAAUACUAAGAAAUUUACUAAUUUAAUUUUUACUCACAUUUCUAUAUGAUAAAAACAACAAAAACAGUUUAAGACAAGUGGUCUUAAAAUGUUUUGGCAUCAGUGGCAUUGAACUUUUUCACAUCAACAUGCAUAACCCUGCAUUCACAAAGACAUUAACAGUGGCUUUCAAAAUAUGUAUUGUCUUUUUUUAUUAAAAACAAUGCAUUCAUGGGCCAA